UGUCUGAUUAUAGAUUACUCCAGCCUAAUCAUGAGGAUUUUGCCUGUUCUCUCCAUCAUUUUUGCUCUCUUUGCCACGAGCAUGGCAACAGCAGAGCAGCAUCAGGAGGUGAAGCAGCAGCAGAAGGUGACAGAUGAGCAUGCAGCCAAUCAGCUGGUGACAGAUGAGCACGCAGCCAAUCAGGAGCAGGCUCCUGUGGACACUCCAGUGCCGGUUGGAUCGGAUGUGGAAGUGAACGAUGCUACCGAGGAAGACGUUACCGGUGUGGAGGUGCUGGGGGAGGAGGAAGAUGCUGAGCUCCUGGAUGCUGAGGUCCUGAAUGCUGAGGAUGAGCCAGCUGAGGCCAAGGCUCCUAUCAAGAAGAGGGUUGUUGGUGGCACUGUUGCAUCCACCGGCCACGCUUGGAAAUGGCAGGUGUCUCUGCAGUACAGGUCUGGCAGUACCUACAGACAUCUGUGUGGAGGCGUGCUGGUCAAGAGGAACUGGGUGCUGACCGCUGCUCACUGCGUGGACAGCUCCAGGGUCUAUCGUGUGGUUGCUGGUGAGCACAACCUCAACACUCAGAAUUGCAGGGAGCAGUUUGUGAGUGUGAGUCGCAUCUACCGCCAUCCCGGAUGGACACGUAGUCUGAGCAAUGGCAACGACAUUGCCCUGCUGCGUCUGUCCUCCUCCGUCACCCUAAACCGCUACGUCACUCUGGCCACCCUUCCCCCAACCAACCAGGUGCUGGGACACAACCAUCUCUGCUACAUCACCGGAUGGGGCCGUACUUCAUCUAGAGGAUCCACGUCCACUCAGCUGAGGUACGCCUUGCUUCGUACGGUGAGCCAGAGCAUCUGCCGCAGCAGCAGCUGGUGGGGCAGGAGCGUCAACAACAACAUGGUCUGUGCCGGAGGCAACGGCAGACAAGCUGGAUGCCAAGGGGACUCUGGCGGCCCCUUGAACUGCUGGGUUGGCCGCAGGUAUGUGGUCCAUGGCCUCGCAAGCUUUGUCUCCAGCAGCGGCUGCAAUGUAGCGAGGAAGCCCACUGUCUUCACCCGCGUCUCAGCCUACUCCUGCUGGAUCAGAGGAAUAAUUGGAGCCUGAAGUCCCUCAUGAAGACUUUCAUGUGGGACCACAUUCUCUCACAGAUUCCUUCUGACAUGAUCCACCUUUCACCUCUUCUAAUCACCAUGUACAGUGCUUGAAGUGGGGGGGAACUCAGUUCCCCCACCUCUUAAUUUUCAUCAUCAGAGUUCCUGCACUAAUCUU